AUGUCUGAUAACAAACAACUCAAUUCCGUAAGCCGUUAUGAGUCCAUCAGGGUUCCAAUGCUGAAAGCUUCAGAGUAUCCUAUCUGGAAGGUCAAGAUGACCAUGUUCCUGGAAGCUACUAAUCCUGACUUUAUGGACAAAAUCAAGGAUGGUCCACAUGUUCCAACAAAGCUUUCUGUUGCAGUUGGAGAAGAUCAAAAGCUAAUCCCUAAAGAAAAGAAAGAUUUUACUCCUGAAGACAUAGCUUCUGUCAGCAAAGAUGCAAAGGUGAAACAUCUGCUUCAUAGUGCUUUAGACAAUGUGAUGGCUAACAGGGUGAUUGGAUGCAAGACAGCCAAGGAGAUUUGGGAUGCUUUGGAGGUCAAGUGUCAAGGAACUAAAGCCAUCAAGAAGAACAGGAAGACUAUACUCACUCAGGAGUAUGAGCACUUUGACUCAAAGUCUGAUGAGUCAUUGACUGAUGUUUAUGACAGAUUUGUGAAGCUCUUGAAUGAUCUGUCAUUGGUUGAUAAAGAAUAUGUUGUUGAAGAUUCAAAUUUGAAAUUUCUUCUUGCUUUGCCUGAGAAGUGGGAUUUGAAGGCAACAACAAUCAGAGACAACAAUGAUCUGGGAGAGGUGGAUCUUGAUGAGAUUUAUGGUAUGCUGAAAACCCAUGAACUUGAGAUUGAGCAAAGAAGCAAGAGGCAUGGGAGAAAAUCAAGAUAUGUGACUCUCAAGGCUGAAGUGGAGACUGAAAAGAAAGUUUCCAGCAAGAAGAAAGCAAAAGGCAAGGCUUUGGUAACAAAACCUGAAACUGAGUCAUCAAACUCUAAUGAUGACUCAAACUCUGAUGAUGAAUCUUUAGACUCUGACAGCAUGGAUGAAGAAGACUUUAAGCAGAUGGCAGCCUUGAUGGUGAAAACCUUCAAGAAGAUGGGUUACAAGAACUUUGGAAAGAACAAGAGGUUCUCCAAGAGAGGCUCCUCAACUGAGCAAAGAAGUUUCAAGAAGACUGAGGGUAAGGACAGCAAAUCUGGGAAGCUGGACAGAUCCAAGGUCAAGUGCAAUAAUUGUGGAGAGAUGGGACACUUUGCACCUGAGUGCAAGAAAGGAAAGACUGAAAAAGCUCUCAUCUCCAAAGGCAGAAAUUGGGCAGAUACUUCAGACUCUGAGGAGGAAGAGGUGAAUUAUGCUCUCAUGGCUACCACAAAUGAAGAGCCUGGGACUUCUGAACCAAAGAUACCCCAUACAACUCACAUAGCUGGAGCUAAAAUUUGGAUGAUUUCGACUAUUUGGAUGAUAAAUAGCUAG